GAGAACUCUACCGACAGUUCCGGUCACUGGAGCCUGCUGAUGGCCGUGAGGAAGCCCGGCCAUGGCCGCCCCACCUGCGCCCCGCAGCGCGCAUGCUUUCGUCCGGCCCAAGCAAAGGAGAUUUCGGUGCUGGGGGGGUUUGCAGUGAUAAUCUGAUUUCUUUUCUUUUUUUUCGGUCGGGUUUGUGUGCGCGUGUGUGUGUGUGAGAGAUGUGUGUGAUGUGAAGGCGGCGGGAUUUAAGCUCUCUUUUGUUCGGGAGAGCGCGGACGUGACGAACUCUUGGCGUUCACGAGCUACCUGGUCUUCUUCUUCUGUGAACCUCGAUGCUGCUAUGACGUCCUGGCUGCGUAAGAAGUGCAGCAUAACCCUCCGGAGCGUGCUGGUCAUCCUCACUGCGUCAGCCGUUGCGUCCUAUCAUUCGGUGGAGAAGCGUUGUGCGUCACCCUUCGUCUCGACGUGCGGAGAAUGCCUGAGCCGUGGCCCGGAAUGCGCCUGGUGCUUUCAGAAGAGGUUUCUGGAUGGAGCACAUGUAAGCGAAAGAUGUGAUUCUGCUGCUCAGCUGCUGCUAAAAGGCUGUGGGGAGGAGUUUAUAGAGAACCCCAGAGUGAAAGUGGAGGUGAACGCCACCCUGAGCAGCUCACAGGUGGCCCCCAGAGACAUCUCUAUCCAGCUGCGGCCAGGCAGUGAGGCAAGCUUCAUUGUGGAGGUGAAGCAGUUGGAGCGCUAUCCUGUGGACCUGUACUACCUGGUGGACGUCUCGGCCUCCAUGCAGGACAACCUGGACCGCCUGAAGACUGUUGGAGUGACGCUUUCUCACCGCAUGAGGGAGCAUUCCAGCGACUUUCGAGUGGGGUUCGGGUCAUUCGUGGACAAGCCGGUCUCACCCUACAUUGAUGUGCACCCUUCUAAAAUCAUUAACCCUUGCAGUGAUUAUGAGGUUCAUUGCCGACCAGCUCACGGCUUCAUCCACGUCCUUCCUGUGACGGAGAACAUGACAGAUUUUAAGCAGGUGAUCCAGCAGCAGAAGAUCUCCGGUAACAUGGACACGCCGGAGGGGGGCUUCGAUGCCAUGCUGCAGGCAGCCGUGUGUCAGAAGGACAUUGGCUGGCGUCCUGAGGCUAAACACCUCCUUCUGAUCAUGACCGACCAGCCGUCCCACCUGGCCCUGGACAGCAAACUGGCCGGCAUUGUGAUGCCCAAUGAUGGACGCUGUCACCUAGUGGACAACACCUAUUCCCAGUCUGCCAACAUGGAGCACCCGACUGUCGGGCAGCUUGCUGAGAAGCUUCUAGAAAACAGCAUUUACUCCAUCUUUGCCGUGGAUCAGAUGCAAUAUAAGUGGUAUGAGGACUUGGUGGAUUUUCUUCCAGGCACUUAUCUGGGCAAAUUACUGCCCAAAGCCUCUAAUCUCACAAACUUAGUGGUGGACGCCUAUAAGAAACUCCUGUCUGAUGUUGGGGUGGAGGUAGGAGUUGAGGACAGUGAGGCUCACAGAUUUUGGGUCAAUGUGACGCCGAUCUGCCCAAACGGAUCCAGCAUAGCAAGAAAUGGCAGAUGUUCCAAUGUCCAACCCAAACAAACAGUCUUCUUCAACAUCACAGUGGGAAUGCGGUCAUGUCCGGCGGAGGGCCUGCAGAAAGGGAAGGAGGUUCUCGUGGUGGUGAAGCCUGUGGGCUUUAAUGAGUCGGUGACCGUGCGUGUCCAGCAGGCCUGUGGUUGUAGCUGUGGUGAGGCAGGACUCUGCCAUGAGGAUCCAGAACAUACCAUCUGCACACCUGUUCCUGCAGCCAGUCCUGUGGCCGAGCGGAGGGUGAUGAACAGCUGUCGAGAGGAAAGCAGUGGCCUGGUGUGCAGCGGCAGGGGAGCCUGUGUGUGUGGGGCAUGUGUAUGUGACGAAAGCAAACUCGGGACCAUCUACGGAAGAUUCUGCGAGAAGGACGACUUCUCAUGCCCUUAUGACAGGGGUGUAGUGUGUGGAGGUCAUGGUCAGUGUGUCUCAGGGGAGUGCUUGUGUCAGCCUGGCUGGACAGGAGAAAACUGUGGCUGCCCGGUGUCCACAGAGAGCUGCUUGUCUGCAGACGGCUUGGUGUGCAGCGGCCAAGGAAAAUGUGUGUGCGGCAAGUGUGUGUGUGAUGACCCCCGGCAUUCUGGAGCGUUCUGUGAGAAAUGUCCCACCUGCUCAAACUCCUGUCAGUCACACUGGAGCUGCGUGGCCUGCCACCUGUCUAAAGGCUUUGGACGGGACGAUGAGCAGCAAUGCAAUAAAAGCUGCACCUCGCUGGUGGCAUAUGUCGAUGACAUCACUGAGCUAAUCAGAGGGAAGUACUGUUUGUACCACAGCAGAGACCAGUGCUUCUUCAGAUUCCACAUGGAGCUGGCAACACACGGACCCCAGCUGCACAUUAGCAGGCAUGCCGAGUGUAUGUCGAGCCAGCGGUACUUUAAGACCUUUCUCAGCGUCUUCCUCCUCACUGUGGUGCUGGGCCUGGGCAUCCUGGCUGUCAUCCGUCUGCUCCUCUGGAACAAAGGCUGGUCACGGAGGGUAAAAGACAGUGAGCAGUAUGAAGACAACAAUAAGAAUUCAUCAUACGCACCCACCGCCAACGAGAAGACGAUAACCUACAGACGGGACUGCCUCCCCGAGCUCCCCAUGGAGAUGCAUGUCCACGUUCCCAAGAUGCCUCUGAACGACAUCUGGCCAUGAAAGGAUGAAUGAGAAGAGAAGGACGAGCGAGAGCAAUAAGUGAAUUAAUGCACAUAUGUUUUCACAAGCACACUUCAUUCUUCUGUGGAUGUCGUUUUCUUCUUCUGAUAGGGUAAUUUAAUUUUGGGUUAUGUUCUGUUGCAUCGGACGGCAUUUCAGCUCUUCUCUCCUGCGGCCACUCGGGUGAGAAGAGGAAUGAUAUUAUUUACAGGGCUAACAUGCUUGGACAGUGGACCAUAGUAACGUAAAUCCAUGCUCAGUAGAUAUUAGGCAUUAAGUCUGGAGAACCUUUCAUGUCCAUCCUUUUUAAUCUUCGCUAAUAUGGUUCAUGUGGGGUAAUAGUGUGUUUGGAUGGUCCUUAUAACAAAAUGCACACAACCGAAUGGGAACCAGGGGUCAUGAUGUCUACAACACAAAUAUAGUAAAGUUGCUAAUGUUAAACUGAAAUACGUUUUGAAUAAAUAAUAUUUGAAAAAUUGCAUUUUAAGCCAAAAGCUAAUGUCACAACUAUUGCGAUCAUAUUCAUACACCAUUCAUAUAUUCAUUCAUAUAUUUCAUGCAGUAGAUUUCUUUGAGGGAGCUUUUAGAGGCAUUAAUCUCUUUGGACAUCUGGUUCCCGUCUCCACCACUGUGAACAAUUCAGACUUGGCAAGUUUCUCUACAACAGAGCAUUUCACACCAAACCACUCUGAAUGACUUUGUCUCAACCAUUUAAUUAUACACGAAUUUUGAAAAAAUGGUGGACUUCCCCUUGAUAUAAGCCAGUAUCUUAAUGAUGGAGUUACAUAGACAUUUUUUUUUAAUUGGCAGAAAUUCCCUUCAAUUUUACAAUCAUACAAUCAUGUAUUUUUUUGUAAAAAUACAUUAAAUGUGCUGGUGCACUUUGCAACUAGUCAACUUAAGCAAGUUCCAUGCGUUUACUUGCGUUUACUUUAUCAGCUCUUGGAACACAAUCUGUGGCAUGCUCGGAAAUUCACAAAUGUACCAGUUUACGAGGACUGUCCGAACACACCCCAAGCCCUCGGUCAGGAAUGCUGAAACAGUGCUGCGGCUGUCCCAGAACUAGCUGACUCUACUAACACAAAGCGCAGUAAACAUAGUUUAUGCUUUGUCUUGAAGCAUGAGUUUGUAGCUUGACCAAAAACCUGGUCAGCCGUUUGCAGCCUCUCCUGACAGCAGCUUUAACCUCUCCAGGUUAGGUUGGUUAAGCGAACUGAAAGUGGACAGUUCACCUCUGCGUCCUGUUCUGUUUGGCCUCUGUGUGGUAGGUGAAGGUACUGUAGUUUUUAUUUAUGUGCGAGUGUCUGAGUGUUUGGUACGUUUUAUUUAUGUUUUAUUUAGCCUCAGUUUAAUGAAAUGGAACACUACGUUUUUGUUGAAGAGCCCACACUACUCUGCCGUAGCCAUGAAAGACCUCAACUUGGAACCACUCCCUUCUUGCUUGGGAUUCUGCUGCCAUCUAGUUGCCAGUUUGGGCAUGACCUAGAAAAGUUAUCCAAGAAUUUUUUGCACAGUGCUAUGUGAGUCAGAGACCACCCUUGUUUACGUGAUAUACUGUCAGAACAGCUUUUAAGUUACUUUAUAAAAGCAGAAACGCACUAAACUAAAAACAGUAUCAACAAUUGAUGGAAGUUAGUUACACUGCUUCUCAUCAUCUGAAUAAUCCCAAAUUCAGUGGUGUUGAGGUCUGGACUCUGGGGUGGUCAGUCCUGAGAACACCAGCAGCAUCUUUGUUUGAGGUGUCUGUCUCGUUUUCUCAGUGAGGACUUCUUGAACAGCUACACAUCCUUUCAGACCCAUAGCGCUGAGUUGUCUUCUCACAGUGGAAGG